UUAGAGCAACAAGAGUGACGUGUGAGGCGAGGGUUGGCCCCGGCCACACUCACACACCCUCACUACUCUCCUCUCUCACCCUUACCUCGCCACUACACUCCUCUCCUCUGUCUCCUCACCCGUCACGUCACUGUGGGAGACUUUCCUGAAGCUGUAGUGUUUUCUGGCCCUGGGAAAAUAUAUAAAAGUGUCAAUCAAGUUGUAAAACAAGACUCUUUCACUUCAUCUUGACACAAGUGAAGGGGAACCACGAGGCACACGUCACGACAGGUACCUUUAUAUAACAUCAUUGAACGUGCAAAAAUGAAGUGGAUACUAGGAAUACUACUGACAGUGGUGGUGGUGGUGUUGCUGAUAGCAGAUGCACGAAGUCAAGACAGUCAGGUGGCUGUUGUUGAUACAGACGAUGAUCAGGACCAGGAGAGUGAAGUAACUGUUGAAGACUAUACUCAGUCAAAAAAACCUGUUGAUAUAAGCAAAGUUUUCAUUCCUACUAAAGAGUGGCAAGUUAUAAAACCAGAUCAUGUGGUACUACCAGGUCUUCACUUUCGGAUAAAUCUUGAAACAGGAUUAAAAGAGGCAAAGCUCAUGGAUGAUGACGACGGGUCAGAGUAUCAAGAGUCUGUGGAGCGACUGCACAAGACCGGACACAUGGCAGUAACUGAGGUGGUGGUCUCCCCUGACACUCCCAAACCCCAGGACUUAAAUGUUAAAGAUAAAAUUAAGGAAAGUAAGAGAGCUGAAUUGAUGAGGGAGAAUAUAAUUGAAGCUCUUAAAAAUAUUAAAAGUGAUGAGAGUUUGACCUCAGAGGAGCUUAAGGAGGAAACAACAAAAAAACGGGAAAAGUUUCGUUCAUACAAAGAACUAAAGAAAGACUUUGAUGAAUUGAAUCUCACAAUGGAAACUGAUUUUGAAAUAAUAUCAAGAUUAAUGGAACAGUACAGCAAAGCUGCAACUGAUGAUGAUCGCAUUACCAUUCUUGAAGAUUUAGAAUACCUUGUUCAUCAGUUAGAUAAUGCUGUUAACUUUGUUGACAUGGGCGGUCUUAAACAGAUUGUAGUAACUGCAAUAAAUUCCACCAGUGACUCUGUAAAGCAGAAUGCACUCCAUCUGUUGGGAUCAGCAGUUCAAAGUAAUCCAAAGGUUCAAAUAGCUGCUGUGGAAGCUGGUUUAGUGCAGACACUAAUCCGCACCGUGGCAUAUGAUUCACAGGAAGGAGUUGCACGAAAGGCUUUGUUUGCACUAUCAUGCUUGGUGAGAGGGUUUCCUCAUGGACAACAAGUACUGGUACAACAUGGGGGGCUGGAAGUGUUACGCAAGGUGUUUGACCGAAGAGAUUUUCGAAGUUUGCCUCUCCAGCUUAAGGUGGUGUCUCUUCUUCAUGACCUUUUAGUGGAGCGAGAGGAAGCGGAAGGUGAAAGACGGCAACAACUUAUCCGAUUCAACAUAAAUGAACAACUUGCCACAGGAGGGUGGUGUCCCGCUGUAUCUUCAUUAUUAGCUGCCGCUUCUUUUGACCGAAGGGACCGGCGAUAUGAUAUGGGUGCAGCUUUAAGGAAUGAGUUGCCGUUGAGACCAGAUCAUGAUACAGUGGACAAAGUGAUAGCAGCUAUGGGCAGCAUGGUAAAUGUCUGCCGCUACCAAUUUUACGAAGCUCUGCCUCUGCUGAGACAUCUGGCUCAUACAUAUGAUGAUUUGGCAUACAAGGAACAGUUUCAGGACAAUGAUGAUGGAGGUCAUGCUUUGUUCAGGAGUCUUGCUGACAUGAUCCAGAGACUUGUGAAGAACAUUGGCCAACGAAGUGAACUAUGAGCUCAAGUUAUUCGUAAAUAUUGUUAGUACAAAAUUUGCCAGAAUUUUUUUAUGUAAUUCAUGGCUGUAAUGUAGUCCCUCUAGUCAUGUUAAAUUAAUUAAGCACCGAGGCCUACCUUCCUUGCCUAAUUUGUAGUAUCUUAAAGAUCAUCAUAACAUAACAGCAAUUAGUUCAUGGUUAGAAAAAGAAAUUUUAUAUAUAUAUAUAUAUAUAUAUAUAUAUAUAUAUAUAUA